AUGGGUGCAGAAGAGAAUCAGGCUCCGCGCGACGGGAAUCGAAAUGCCGUUGCAGGAGACUUGUCAUGCAAACCAUCAGCCAAACCAACACCCCAGAGUUUGCGCAAGAAAUUGACGAUGGAAACCUGCCUCGAGCGGAACCUCCACAAGUGUGACCCGCAGGCGCGUUCGCCUCUCUGGCGGACUCUCCCGUCGGAGAUUCGAUACGUGAUCUUCGAGUUCGCCACAGCACAAUAUGAGGACGUGUCCCGCGCAUAUCCAAAACACGUCGACUGGUAUCGACCCGAUCACCGAGGGCCGUGGAAGUCAUGUACGAACAUCUUGCUGACCUGUCGUCGAGCUUGGCUCGAGGCAAACCCGCUACCGAUGAAACAAGCUGUACAGCUCUUCUGGAUAGACCACCAGGCGUAUGCACCAGAUCAUUACCACAUAGCCGCUCGAUGGUGGCAGCAUAUGAGCUCACGCUUGACGCGACUGAACCUCGAAAAUGUCCGGCACAUGCAUUUCAUGAUCAAACUGCACGAUCCGCACGGUUUCGAAAAGGGCAACAGCAUCCGUAAAGUCGUGAAAAACCUCAAGCCUCAGACGAUAAAAAUCACAAAUCGCCUGUGUGAUUGGCCAGACCAUGAAUGGCGAUAUCGCGAAUGCGGCUUGGUCAUGUGGGAGAAGCUCAUGACGCAGCACCUCAACGUCUGGCUCGAUGCAGCUUCGGUCUGUGUGGAGAAAUUCGAGCUUGCUCUAGAGAUCUUCGACAGCGAGAGCGAGUGGGUGCAGUACGCACCCUUCUUCGAUGACAUCCGUGGCCUCAGCAAGAAGAUCGGUAUCACUCGAUCGACUCGUAGUAAUCAGCAGUUCGAAACCUAUCUCGCCGUCGCCGACGAACCCCGUAUUUGGAACUGGCGUCGUCGGCUCCGUGCCGACCGUGACACAGGUAUCGCCGAUCCGAAUGCUCCCGAUCUCGCGUGCCGCGUCUUCGAGUUGCAAUGGACACAUGUCCGCUAUGCCAUCGAUCUACCGGCCGACGGCGGACAAGUCCGAAAGCCUGCCAACACCGCUGCGCCGAAGAAUCGCAUUCCGCUUCGAGAGAUUCCAUCCCAUCAACAUCAUCGCCUGCAUGCGUAUCUCGACGACCCGAGUCCGUUCUUGCGUCAGCAUAAUCGUCUUCGACGGCACGCGCAGGAGCUUUCGAAAGUUACCGAAGCUCGAUGUCGAAGGCGUUUCAGGGAGCUCUUCACAGAAAUGGAGAUUGGAACGGAAGUUCAGAGAUUGCGCGAGCAAAUGUCUCUGCUGCGCGUUGAGGAUUGAUGCAUAGAAGAUGUGUAGACAGAAAUCACUGUAUCGUAUGAUCCGGUAUAUUUCUUUAUUUGUUUGUUUCUGGUCGGACCGCGAUCGAGGCAGCGAGCGGCACACACAGGUAUGUGAUGGAGAUGAUCAAGGACAUGGUGUUUGUUCCCCUUCCUAAGUAUCAUAUGAUUGUGCAUUUUCGAUCCCAAAAGCACAACGUGAAAGCCAUCAGACCAGCACCUGUCGGCAAUUUAUGGAAUCGAUGUUCCAGCAGUAAAUACAAAAACGAGUGUUCCAGUGAGCGG